CCACGCCCAGUGCACCUCCCACACACCGCACACCACUAUCCACUCUACCUUCCGCAGGUGCUGACAAUGGCUCCUACCGUUCUUGGAAAGAGAACUCGCAGCUCGGCCAACGCAGAUGCUUCUGAUUCAAAGUCAAGCAUCGCAACGCGCGCAAAGCGAAGGGCACAAUUCGUGAUUCUGGAUGAAGCCGAAAACGAGAACCCAUUCAUCACCCCGAAGAAGCAAAAUGUGCGCAAUGGCGAUGCCAUGGAUGUGGACGAGCCAGGGGAGGAGGAUAAGCCGUCUGCGAAGCGUGGGAGGAAAGCAACGACAACCCCAUUAAAACAUGGCGCACCUGCUGGAGCACGAAUCCCACUGUCAACAACAAAAGAGAACUCACCCAAGAAGGCGCUCCCCGAACUACCUGAAAAGUUCGCUCUUACACCGUCGACACCGAGACACCGCGACGCGCUUGCCGCCAAAGUCGCCGUCACGCCAAGGCAUAGGCUCAUACUCACUGGACGACCAUUGACGCCUCGCACGCCGCACACACCAGGCACUCCCCGACACACCGCCCCUACCAUCUACAAUCAAGCACGCCAGGUCUUCGCGAGGGGGUCUGCGCCCACGGCACUGUUUGGACGCGCAGACGAGAGAAACGAGCUCGAAAGCUUCAUUUCGACACGAGUCAAGGGCAAGAAAUCCGGAUGCAUAUAUGUAUCCGGCCCCCCAGGGACCGGAAAGAGCGCAUUCGUCGACGAAGUCUGCCGCACAGUCUCAGCAGAGGGUUCAGUCAGGACCGGAUACAUCAACUGCAUGAGCGUCAAGAAUGCCGUGGAUCUGUACAGGACACUAUUGGAAGAGUUUGUCGACAUUGCCGAGAUUGCAGAGGGCAACGAGAUGGAGGCGCUGAAGAAGCUCUUCAUGCAGCGCAAGACGCCAUAUGUUGUUACCCUUGACGAAGUGGACCACCUGCUGGAGCUGGACAUCGACCUCCUCUACAACAUCUUUGAGUGGUCGCUCCAAAAGUCCUCUGGCCUGGUCUUGGUCGGCAUUGCAAAUGCGCUCGACUUCACGGAUCGGUUUCUUCCUCGUCUCAAGUCCCGUGGUCUGAAGCCUUUCCUCCUCCCAUUUCUGCCAUACACCGCAUCGCAGAUAUCCUCUGUUAUCACAUCGAAGCUCGCGAGCCUACUACCAGCUGGAUCAGAUCAGCUUCCCUUCAUCCACCCGACUGCCAUCCUCUUUCUCUCGAAGAAGGUCGCUGCACAGUCUGGUGACCUGCGCAAAGCUUUCGAUAUAUGUAGGCGAGCAAUCGAUCUCAUCGAAGCCGACACUCGCGAUCAGCAUGCGAAGAAGGCUGCGGAGAUCACACCAUCCCCCACACCCUCUCCAUCGAAGAUCCCAUUGGUCGAUAACAUCAAUCUGUCGUCACCAGCCGUCCGCUCACCAGUAAAGGCGAAGACCCAGAGUGUUCUUGCAGCUUCUCUAGCUUCACUCACCAUCGAGACAGCGCCGCGGGCAACAAUCGCACACAUGGCAAAAAUCACCGCCGCAGUGUUCAGCAACGGUACCGUCCAACGUGUACAAAAUCUCAACCUCCAGCAAAAGGCAGUCCUCUGCUCUCUUUCAGCCAUGGAGAAGAAGAAGCGCGCAUCAGCAGCAGACAGUGUCCUAGCAACACCCUCAAGAUCUCACAACACCGCCCCAACUAUCAAAGAGCUCUUCGAAGCCUACACCGCACUCUGCAAGCGGGAGAACAUCCUACACCCGCUUACAAGCACUGAAUUUCGCGAUAUCGUGGGAAGUCUAGAGACACUGUCACUUCUUUCGGCUGUCGAGGGUAAGGGCGGAUCUUUAGUUGUUGCAGCUGGUACACCGAGCAGGAGGGGUAGGGGCAAUGCCUUCCCUGGUGUUGUCCUUGAAGACCGUCGUGUCGCCAGUGCUGUGGGAGCCAAAGAGCUUUCAGCCGCCCUUACUGGUCCCGGCAGUAGUAUCCUAAAGGGCAUCUUGGAGGGUGAUGACUGAAAGAAAAGGAUUGUACAAGUACGACAUGUGUUUUAGCGGGUGGACUUUCGUGUUUAGCAUAUGACUAUAUGUUGAGGGGGUUUCACGAGAUCGGGCAUUAGGACAGGCGCCUAUUCGAGCGAACAUUGGUGUUUUGCAUAGCGUGGGUGCAUGGGAUCAUGGUUACACUUUUGCAUACAGGAGUGCCUUGCAUAGCAAGCGUAGCAUAACGGGCAUAGCAUGGCUUAGAAGCCAAUGGAGUCUGUACUGUAUAGUACACAAUCAAUCCUUUAUCAACAC